AUGCCGAUCGUCAACUUCACCAUCCCUGACAGCAGUCCUUGGAUCACCUACUCCCCUGCCGGCGCAUGGGGAGAUUCUGACCUAGCAACGCAGUUGUACACCAACGGUACCUUCCAUUUCACCCAAGUCGCUGGUGCAAGCGCCAACUUUGCCUUCAAUGGCUCCGGUGUAUGGCUCUACGGCGCUCAGCGCCCGAACCACAAUGUCUAUACUGUCGCUUUGGAUGGCGUGAACAGCACCGCGAACGGCCACACUGACGAAAACCCCGGCGUCUUCAACUUUACGCUCUUCAGCUCUCCCGCUUCCGGCUUGACACUCGGACACCAUCAAGUCAGUUUAAUCAACACCCCUACCUCCAAUGGUUACGUCGACAUAGAUUGGGCUGUGAUCGAGGUCGGAGACGGCAGCACCAACACCAUUUCCAACGACUUCUGGUUGGACGAUACCUCCGCCAACUUUACCUUCGACAAGAACUGGUCGGUGGGCAAGAACAGCCUUUCACCUCAGUAUUACAAUUCCACGUUUUUCCUAGCCAAUGCUCCGAAUGCCGCCGCCACUCUCACGUUCUUUGGCAAUGCCGUCUCCGUUUAUGGUGCCACAUCCGGUAACCACGGGCCUUAUUCCGUCUCUCUCGACGGCCUUCCUGGGCAAAAUUAUAAUGGUUCCCAGAUCCAUUUCCGGCCACAAAUGCUGCUGUACUACGCCUCGGGCCUACCUACGACGCAGCACUCAUUGGUGCUUACCAAUACCGGCAACGGAUCAACAUUCACGGACAUCGACUUUGCCAUCGUGUCCAGGUGGGACUCCGACGUUGCUCUGGCAGGCGCACUGCAGCCGACGACAACGACAUCAAGCAUCCCCAGCACGCGCUCCGUGUUCACUACUCCGAUCGGCACUCUUCCUGGGAGGCAGACGACUACGUCUAUUUCAUCGUCAGUUUCCGCUUCUACGACAACGUCGAAUGCUGGUCAAUCAAUGCGCGUUGUGAACAAGGGCGGGCUUAUUUCACUUUGCGCGACCUUUGCGCUCGUUGUACUGCCGUUUGCGACUGUACUGUAA